AUGACUGGAAAACGUUUGAGUAGUGCUGAAAAACAAGCAAUUUUAAAUGAAGAAGCGGAAUUAGGAUAUAUACAGUCUGAUGACGAUGAAGAGAUUGAUACUAUUAUUUCUGGAGGUAGUGAAUCAACUGAAGAUUCUGAUGAAGAUGUUGGAGAUUUGGAAAUUCUACUUUCUGAAGUUGCUUACAUCUCAAAUCAGAAUGUUUUCAAGAAUAAUGAUACAAGUGUCAUUGACUGUGAUAACAUUGGAGGCUUUGACUCCAAAUGGCCUACUGUGGUGCUCGCCCAUGGUUGGAUGAGUAAAAGUAGUGAUCUGGACCACAUAAAGAAUGCAUAUUUGACAGCAGGUGAUUAUAAUGUUAUUUCUAUAGACUGGUCACCUAUUGCAAGCAAUGCAGCAUAUGAUCAAGUACGAGAGGAUCUAGUCAUUGUUGGUCAGUUUGUGGCAAAAUUUGUGGAUUGUUUAGUAGAGAUACAUGGCCUGAACUUGUCAAGAACUCACUUGGUUGGUCAUAGUCUGGGUGCCCAUGUUGUUGGUGUGAUUGGAGGGUCAUUAUCACAGCAGAAUAAAGUGGCACUCAUCACAGGAUUAGACCCAGCAGGGCCUGGAUAUGAUGAUAAUGAAAACCCAGGAAAUGAGAAGAUGCUGGACCAAGAAGAUGCAGAGUUCGUCCAGGUCAUCCAUACAAAUGCUGGUGUUCUAGGAUAUAAAUAUACCCUGGGAGAUGCAGACUUCUUUCCAAAUGGAGGUUCAGAGCAACCAGGCUGUGCUACUGACGAUUAUGGAGCCUGUUCACAUGGCAGGUCUACACUAUAUUUUGCUGAAUCUGUCACAUCUGCUUCAGCCUUCAUUGGUUACCAGUGUGACAGUUGGGACACAUGUACCAACUGUAAUGGAAAACUGUCGGCUGUCAUGGGAGCGCACGUUGACCCCAGGUAG